AUGCAACAUCAAAAUGACGAAUCAUCACAGCCAUUGUCCCAUGCCACGGGAAUCGUUUCUUCAUAUUUAACCAAUGAAUCAAACAAUAUGCAUCUACUGCGAUUCAAAAAAGAUCAUCAUCAUUCAAACUUCUCCACCACCAACAGUGAGGGUGACGAAAUGGAUAUCGACAAGUGUGACUAUGUCGGUGCCGUUAAUGAUAACAAUUUUGAAAUGAAUAGUGCAAGACUGAUAUAUUCAGAUAACAGCAACCAACUGGCAACUGCUAGUAUUACUCCUACAAAACGAACACCAUCAUCCUCAUCAACAAGAAGACUGUUUUUGCAACGGAAAGCCUCAAACGCAUCAUUAUCCAAUUCACCCAUGUUUAAUCGAACACCACUUAAAAGUUUAACUAAUUUCCCCUUGAAUGUUAAAGAAAAGACUAAAGCAUUUACUAAAUCAAUGACUGAAGUAGUAUCCAAAUCAUCUCAUAGCCUUUUUGCUAAUUUGCACAUGACUCCAAAAGUGACUGAUUGCCACUCCACUUAUGAUGAUGAAUAUGAAGAUGAAGAAGGUCAAGCAACUGAUUGUGAUUCUGGUAAUUACAAUGACGGAAUAGGAAGAGAGGGGGAAGCGGAAGAUGAAGAUGAAGAUGAAGAAGAGGAAGAGGAUUCCGAUGAUGAAGGUGAAGCAACUUUUGACACUAUUAAUCUUGACUCUCCAGUCAUGCAUAGGAAAACCAAUAGUAUUCAAAUCAACAAACAAGAGGAGAGCGAUGAUCACAAAACACAGUUACGACUGCCUACACGUACAGUUUUCGCGCCAGCUGCACAACCGCCUACAACAUCUAGACCAAAAAUCAUUAGACGUAUUCAUUCAGUAUGCGAGACUCAACGAGAAAUUGAUAGUUUCCAGUUACAUGAAGACAACUCACAGUUGAAAAAUACAAACAUACAAACAUUCACUCUGGGAAAUGACGUGUUGCCUCGAAUUAAUGAAGAUCAAAUGUACAAGAUUCUUUGUGGGGAACACAAUCAUGAAUUUGAUGAAUUCAUAAUUGUUGAUUGUCGAUUUGAUUAUGAAUACCAUGGGGGGCAUAUAAUUAAUGCAUUAAAUAUCUCAACCAAGGAAGCAUUGGAGAAUUUGUUUAUCAACCAAGACCAUAAUACUCAUGAUAGAAUUGCAAAAACAGCAAGAGCAUCAUCAUCAUCCUCAAACAAAAAGAAGUUGGUUAUUUUCCAUUGUGAAUUUAGCAUAUUCAGAGGACCAACAAUGGCUAAGCAUUUACGUAAAUGCGAUCGAACAUUGAAUCAAAACUCAUACCCGUUUCUAUCUUGGCCCGAUGUUGUUGUACUUGAAGGUGGAUACAAGAAUUUCUUUACCAAGUAUAAAUCGUUUUGCUGCCCUCAAAAUUAUGUCGAAAUGAAGGAUAUUAAACAUGAAGUAUCAUGCGAAGCCAAUCUCAGUCGAGUUAGGAAAGAUAGCAAGUUGUUAACACGAGCCAAGUCCUUUAAUCAGUUUGGUGGAGGUGAGCGACACCACCACUACCACCAUCACCAUCAAAGCCACCACCAUCAAAGCCACCACCUUCACCAUAAUUACACCUCGCCCAAACCUUUAACAUCUGCAAGUAUAAGCGAUUUUUGGAGCAUGUCUCAUUCUCGAUCCUUAUCAUCAUCAAAUUCGAAUGCAAACUCAUUUGCUACUUUAAACAGUGGCAAGGUAAUUAAACGUCAACGAUCAAAUUCAAAAGUGAAGUCAUUAAGUACAAACUUAAAUACAAAAUUAACAAGGGCAAACACAUUUACUUUUGAUCAACCAAUUUUCAAUUCUGGCAAUGCACAUCAUCCUUCAUCAUCGUUAUCACCUUCUAGCUCUCCCUUGUUUGAUAAUUUCGAUUUCAACGAGGAAGUUGACAAGGAAAACCCGCUGCAUUUACAACAACAUCAUCACCAGCCACAUCAGCCGCAACAUCAAUUGCGUAGUUUCUUACCGCCAUCCACAUCAUUUCGAAAUCCUCACCAACAACACCAACAGCAACAACAUCAAAAAGCACAACUGUCACUGUCUUUACUGCUGUUACCGCUGUAUCGUCAUGGACAUUCUUAUUCGUCCAAUUUUUCAAAUUUUUCAUCGUCUUCUAUCUCAAUUCAUUCAUCAGCUUCUUCAAUUGUAUCCGAGAAUAUCACCCUGUCCACCGACUCGUUGAAUGAACCAUAUCUGGGUUCAGGUAUGACUUCACCAUUUAAUGAACCAAGUGCUACAGUAGCUGGAUCAGGGGCAUCGUCAUUGUCAUUGGCACUGGAUUAUUUUGAUAGUAAGCGAGUUUCAUCAACAUCAUUACCUGCUGUGCCUCCAUCAUUGUUACGGCCUGUGUCUCGUAAACCUAGCGCAUUGCAAACUUCAUUAGCCGCACUUGCACCAGCACCACAAACAAUAGAGAAUGAUACUGCUGCUACGUCUCAGACACUGCCAUCGAAAUCACCCUUUCUUCGACCCAGGUCUUCAUUUCAAUUCCCCCCUCGCCAAAAGAAAUCAAUGUCAACGACCAACGUGCCCAUCCUGACCACUCUGGCUUCACCCACUAUACCAUCGCCCUUAACUGGGACAUCAACAACAUCAUCAUCAAGAAGAGCAGCAAAAGCAGGAGAAAUAGACGGCAAAAGUACUACAUCGUUGGCAUCAUCAACUGCAUCGGAAUUAGACACCACCCUCGAGAUAGAAUCGACAUCGGCAACUUCACCUAUCCCCAACUACUGGUCAACCAGCGCCAAGUCAAACAUGGUGUCGUCGUCAUCAACUUCGUUUUCGUCUUUGAUUGAUGAUCCAAUUAAUGAUACACCCGUUGACUUUAAUGUUCCUGUGCACCGCAAUGGUGGUAGUGGUGGCGCUUUUGGGGCUGGUCACAAGAAGCAUCAUUAUCAUCAGUUGGCAAAUAGACCUUCUUUGCACACUUGGCCCAGCCAUACACGAACUAGUAGCAACAGCAACAGCAACAGCAACAGCUACAGUUACAGCAAUAACAGUAGUAGUAGCACUGUGUUGGGUUUAAGCCAUGAUCCUAGUGGUGCUGGCGGAAGUUGCAACGCAAAUGCAUAUUCAGUUGAUGAUAUAAAUGAAGAUGAUGAAGAGGAUCUUUAA